CUGGAAGACGAAAGCUGAUCUAACGUAAGAAAGGGGUCGAAAACAAGAGCUAAUACUACUGGCUAAUAAUUCUCAACUAUAAUGGGGGGGAGGGGGAAUAAGAGAGUGGGAAAUAAUAUCGUUUUUGCAGGAUAUAUCGAGCGGAAAGACGAGGAAAGUACAGAGUGAUGGUGAGAGGCGCACGAUCUGGGGUGUUGAGCGCGAAUUUCAAACGGACGCGUCACACCGUGGCGCACGACUGGCGGCGUAAACUCGGCUUCAGGGGUAAGCUGCUGCUGCUGAGAAUCCUGGUUGGCCUUUGUUACGUCACGACUAGUGGCAACUGCGAGUGGAAAGAAGCGAGGAUGCCGCGCGGGACCAACAACCUGCAGCAACAAAUUGCCCCGAGCCGAUUGCCUCAGCUCGGCCACUGCGACCUCGAGGAGAGCUGCGAUUGGUCGUGGUUUCAGAACCAAACCGCUGGCUUCAAGAGAAGCACGCCAGCCUCGCUGCGAAACAAGAACCUAGGGCCUAUCGUCGACGCCAGCAACUCGAUCAAGGGGCAUUUUUUAUGGUUCACCGGCCCCGGAAAGCCACACAUAUUAUCGAGCACCAUCCCCCCCACUGGGUCGCACUGCGCGCUGGAAUUAGCCCUCUACCAAGUGGAGAUGAACAGCGGUGACAUCGAAUUGCUCGUUAUCACGAACAAUACCAGUUGGGUGGUCGUGGAAAAACCAGGAAACAAUCGCGCCGAAUGGGGAGUAACGCGUUUCAUAUUAGGAUCCAUCACUCAGCCGCAUCAGUUGCUCGUAGAGAUGACGGUACCCUAUUCCAAUUCUAGCAUCGCCGUUGAUAAUAUUCGCCUGAUCGACUGUUUCCCCGAAUCAACACCGGUGAAAACGGCCUGCACGGAGGACAUGUACCGCUGCAAGAAUGGCUCCUGUCUGAACAAAGUACGCGUCUGUGACCUAACGGAGGACUGCGCCGACGGCGAGGACGAACGUAACGACUGCGACAAAAUACCGAAGAACGCCAGGUGUAACUUUGAGUAUGGAUGGUGCGGCUGGAAGAACGUACCUGGAAGACCUUUGAAUUGGACUCUCCAUCGUGGUGCAACACCGUCCGAGAAAACUGGACCUAGUUACGAUCACACCUACCGCAAUGCGUCCGGGACAUACGCCUAUGUAAGUAUGUCACCUCGAGUGGAAUACGGUAGUCGCGGUACCAUCGAGAGUCCAUUGUAUAAUCCAACGCCACCUUAUAACGGCGAUCCAAAAAGUCCUUAUCACAAAUCGUGUCAAGUGCGAUUCUUUUAUCAUCAGUACGGCGCGAACAGCGGCUCGCUUGGAUUGUACCUGAUUCAGGUAAAACCGCACCAACACCAUCACGAACAAUUAUGGUGGACUUAUCUGUACGGUGACAAAAGCGACGUUUGGUACAAUCAAGCUGUCCCUCUGCCCGACAUCAAGUACAGGAGUGCCUGCCGAAGUCGUGGGAGACUUCAAUUACUACAACCCCGUCAUAGAUUCGGAGAAAGUUCCAGAUCAACACGCGGACUUUGUCAACGAAACUGGUAUCGUACACACGCGUGGCGUGUAUAUAAAUAAUACAAAUAAAUGUUGGAAACGCGGGAACUUUGGCGAAUUUGUAACUUUGCACUCGCAUGGAAGGUCGGGGCCUAGCAGCGAACAAUGUGCCGAAGAGUACAACAGCACGGACAUAGAGUUACUCGCGCCUGCGACUACGUUGCAAGAUCAUCAUCCUCCCUCUUCCUACAAUUUGAACGGAGUUCAACGGUGGACAGCGCCACGCGGUGGCUAUUACACUUUGAUUGGAAUGGGUGCCCGUGGAGGAAAAGGUUCUAGCGGUAUGGGAAGUACGUUGGGCGCACUUGUCCGUGGUGUAAUUGAGUUAGAGAAGGGCGAGCAACUGUAUUUCAUGGUGGGGCAGUCAGGAACGGACGCGUGUCCCAAAAACUUGGGACUGACAUUGGACAGCUGUCAGAGCGUCGGAUCGUACCAAUUCCCCGCCCCAUUGGGCACUUCGAAGGUACACGAAGUGAAAAAUAUCAAGUUAAAGGACGGCGGAGGUGGUGGCGGAGGGGCGACCUACGUAUUUACGGUGAAAAGUAACGGAGAUCAGUAUCCGAUACUCAUCGCCGGAGGUGGAGGUGGUCUGGGGCUGGGACAGUUUGUCGACAACGGCCAUCAGCACGGACGGGGAGCCGCUCCACCCGGAAGGCAACCCACCUCGGGUACCAUCCUCUCGGCAGAGAAAGGGUGGUCUAGGGGGGAUCGGUUGCAGUCCUGAAAAUCAGAAUCACGGCAACGGAGGAUUCGGUGGCGGAGGUGGUGGCUGUCUCACAGGAGGCGGUGGCGGUGGUUACAUAGGUGGUGACACCGGACACAAGGAACUGGGUAACGGCGAAGGUGGUUACUCCUACGCUAGCGACAGACUUUCGCACGUUCAAUUCCAGCCAGCCAUCAAUCACGGACCUGGCGAAGUUUACAUCAUUCCAGCUAUCAGCGGUUGCGAUUGCGAUUUUCGUUGCGUCUCUCUCGAUCGGCAUCUCAGCGAGACAAAGUGUCUCUGCCCUCCAGGCUGGUUGUUGAGCAACGAUUCGAGAUCUUGCGUUAUGGCCAACGAAUCAAAGGUCACGCAUCAAACGUACAUGAUUUUACUGAUAGCUGCAAGCGUUGGCCUACUCUUUGCUUUCACCGCUGUCUGCCUACUACUUUAUAAUCGUUAUCAAAGUCGAAAGGCGCUUCUACAACGACGACAAGUAAUGUUUGGCAACGGAACUGAAUUGACAUCUUUACGCGCUGUCUCCGACACCAUGAUGACUGAGUUCAAUCCCAACUACGAGUUUGCUGGCAACCUCUAUAGCUUUAAAGAUCUGCCGCAAAUACCUCGCGAAUGUAUCACUUUGGUA